AUGGACGUGGACGUGGACGUGGACAUGGACGUGGACGUGGACGUGGACGUGGACGUGGACAUGGACGUGGACAUGGACGUGGACGUGGACGUGGACGUGGACGUGGACGUGGACAUGGACGUGGACGUGGACGUGGACGUGGACGUGGACGUGGACGUGGACGUGGACGUGGACGUGGACGUAGACGUGGACGUGACGUGGACGUGGACAUGGACGUGGACGUGGACAUGGACACGUGGACGUGGACGUGGACGUGGACAUGGACGUGGACGUGGACGUGGACGUGGACGUGGACAUGGCGUGGACGUGGACGUAGAAAUGGACGUGGACGUAGACGUGGACAUGGACAUGGACGUGGACGUGGACGUGGACGUGGACGUGGACAUGGACGGGGACAUGGACAUGGACGUGGACGUGGACGUGGACGUGGACAUGGACCUGGACGUGGACGACGUGGACGUGGACGUGGACGUGGACAUGGACGUGGACAUGGACGUGGACGUGGACGUGGACGUGGACGUGGAAGUAGAAAUGGACGUGGACGUAGACGUGGACAUGGACAUGGACGUGGACGUGGACGUGGACGUGGACGUGGACGUGGACAUGGACGUGGACGUGGACAUGGACGUGGACGUGGGACGUGGACGUGGACAUGACGUGGACGUGGACGUGGACGUGGACGUGGACGUGGACGUGGACGAGGACGUGGACGUAGACAUGGACGUGGACAUGGACGUGGACUUGGACGUGGACGUGGACGUCAUCGUGGACGUGGACGUGGACAUGGACGUGGACGUGGACGUGGACGUGGACGUAGAAAUGGACGUGGACGUGGACGUGGACAUGGACGUGGACGUGGACGUGGACGUGGACGUGGACGUGGACAUGGACGUGGACGUGGACGUGGACGUGGACGUGGACGUGGACGUGGACGUGGACGUGGACAUGGACGUGGACGUGGACGUGGACGUGGACGUGGACAUGGACGUGGACGUGGACGUGGACAUGGACGUGGACGUGGACAUGGACGUGGACGUGGACGUGGACGUGGACAUGGACGUGGACGUGGACGUGGACAUGGACGUGGACAUGGACAUGGACGUGGACAUGGACGUGGACGUGGACGUGGACGUAGACGUGGACGUGGACGUGGACGUGGACGUGGACAUGGACGUGGACAUGGACGUGGACAUGGACGUGGACGUGGACGUGGACGUGGACGUGGACAUGGACGUGGACGUGGACGUGGACGUGGACGUGGACGUGGACGUAGACGUGGACGUGGACAUGGACGUGGACGUGGACGUGGACGUGGACGUGGACGUGGACGUAGACAUGGACGUGGACAUGGACGUGGACUUGGACGUGGACGUGGACGUGGACGUGGACGUGGACUGGACGGGACGUGGACAAAUGGACGUGGACGUGGACGUGGACAUGGACGUGGACGUGGACGGGACGUGGACGUGGACAUGGAAGUGGACGUGGACGAGGACCGUGGACGUGGACGUGGACGUGGACAUGGACGUGGACGUGGACGUGGACAUGGACGUGGACGUGGACGUGGACGUGGACGUGGACGUGGACGUGGACGUGGACGUGGACGUGGACAUGGACGGGGACGUGGACGUGGACGUGGACAUGGACGUGGACAUGGACGUGGACUUGGACGUGGACGUGGACGUGGACGUGGACGUGGACGUGGACGUGGACGUGGAAAUGGACGUGGACGUGGACGUGGACAUGGACGUGGACGUGGACGUGGACGUGGACGUGGACAUGGACGUGGACGUGGACGAGGACGUGGACUGGACGUGGACGUGGACGUGGACAUGGACGUGGACGUGGGACGUGGACGUGGACGUGGACGUGGACGUGGACGUGGACGUGGACGUGGACAUGGACGUGGACGUGGACAUGGACGUGGACGUGGACAUGGACGUGGACGUGGACGUGGACAUGGUGGACAUGGACGUGGACGUGGACGUGGACGUGGACCGUGGACGACGUGGACAUGGACAUGGACGUGGACGUGGACGUGGACGUGGACGUGGACGUGGACGUGGACGUGGACAUGGACGUGGACGUGGACGUGGACGUGGACAUGGACGUGGACAUGGACGUGGACUGGACGUGGACGUGGACAUGGACGUGGACGUGGACAUGGACGUGGACGUGGACGUGGACGUGGACAUGGACGUGGACGUGGACGUGGACGUGGACAUGGACGUGGACGUGGACGUGGACAUGGACGUGGACGUGGACGUGGACGUGGACGUAGACGUGGACGUGGACGUGGACAUAGACGUGGACGUUGACGUGGACGUGGACAUGGACAUGACGUAG